AUAUGGAAAAGGAUUUCUUGCCAAUCUUUUUUAUUAUAUUUAAUAUAUAGAUAAAAUGGAAUUCUUUUCGGAUAUUUUGAUACUGUUAAUUUUUUUCCAUAUAUUUAAGAAUUCAUAUAUAUAUAUUUUAGGAUUGAUAUGUUUUACAUAAUUUAAGAUUCUUAAUUUCUUUUUAUAUAUUUACUGCAUUAGAAUUCUUUCCAUAUAUUUUAAGAGUCUUAAUUUAAUAAUAUAAUAAUUUAGUAAAAUAGUAAAUAACGAUUUUAUUUAUUGCGGAGUCUUUUGAUAAAUGGUAAAAUGUUCAAAUAACUUUUUCAAGGAUAUUCACACUUUCAAUAUAUUAUAUUAUAUAUGGAUAUAGAUUUAUAUCUAGAAAUAAAAAAUAGGUAUGAAUUAUUUUUAAAAAAAAAAAUCAAAAAACCAAACCUAUACCAGAGCUAGCCAUCCCUUCUCCCAAAACACAAGAGACCACUUCGCUAUUUUCUGUAAAACAUCUUUUCCUAAUUUCUAACCCAGGAAAGAUGAAAUGAACAAAGCGACGCCGUUGUUUGGAGCUGCUGUAGCAUCUGGGUAUCCCAAUUUUGUGUAUCAGCAAGAAAAAAAAAAAACCCAUUUGCAUAAACAUCCAAACUUAGGAUUAAUCAAGAAAAAGGAAUACAAUACAAGAAACUAAAUGGGUAAAAUAGGUGUAGCAGUGAUUGUAAGUUCAUGGGUAUUGGCUGUAUCCAUCCUCCUCAAUCACAUUGUCCCUCAACCUUACAUGGAUGAGAUAUUCCACAUACCUCAAGCACAACAGUACUGCAAAGGCAAUUUGAGAAGUUGGGAUCCCAUGAUCACCACCCCUCCUGGACUGUACAUUGUUUCACUUGCCUAUGUUGCUUCUUUGUUUCCAGGGCUAUUCUCUAUUAAAGUAGAUGCUUCGUUUUCAGAAGCUUGUUCCUCUUCCAUCCUACGCUCCACCAAUGGUGUAUUGGCUGUAUUUUGCAGCAUUCUGGUUUACAACAUUCUUACCCACCUCAGGCCUUCUCUUAAUGACAGAAAAGUAACUCUUCGGACGGUUGUCCUAGCGUUGUAUCCCCUUCACUGGUUCUUCACUUUCCUUUACUAUACAGAUGUAGCGUCGCUAACUGCUGUACUUGCAUCAUAUCUUAUGAGUCUCAAGAAGAAACAUUUCUUCAGUUCCCUGGUUGGAGCUUUGGCUGUACUGAUACGACAAACAAAUAUCAUAUGGAUCUUUUUCAUAGCAUGCACGGGGGUUUUAGACUAUAUUCUAGAUCAGCAGAAGGAUAGUGCUAAUUUGACUGAUUCUAGUCAAUCACAAGAUUUCUUUCAUGAGGUGUGUGAGAUUAGCUCAAGACUCUGGCAAUUUAAGUGGGAGCUUAUUGCAUCAUUUUGGCCUUACCUCAUAAUUAUAGCCGCUUUCAUCAUCUUUGUUUUCUGGAACGGGAGUAUAGUGCUUGGUGCAAAAGAGGCUCACACGGUUUCUCCGCAUUUUGCACAAUUGAUGUAUUUUAGCUUGGUUUCUGUGCUAUUUAUGACUCCUGUGCACUUCACAAUUGGUCAGGCUGCAGCACUGGCUCAAUCCUUCUGUAAGAAAAAUAAGCUGGUCAUUUUCUUUCAGUUGUGCACGGCGUUAACUGUUGGUUUCCUUUCAGUGCACUUUUUCAGCAUUGCUCACCCUUAUCUCGUUGCUGACAAUCGACACUAUACCUUUUAUCUCUGGAGAAAAGUAAUCAAAUCUCAUUGGUCAAUGAAGUACCUCUUGGUUCCACUCUAUGUUUAUUCAUGGAUGUCCAUCUUCAAAAUCUUAGCUAAAAGUCGGAGGAAGACAUGGGUACUGGCAUAUUUCUUGGCCACCGCUGCAACACUGAUACCAGCUCCGCUUAUAGAGUUCCGAUACUAUACGAUCCCAUUCUUCUUCUUGAUCCUCCAUGCUCAUGUUGAUGAUGACAGAAGUUGGCUUCUGAUGGGAAUCCUGUAUGUUGCCACUAAUACCUUCAUUAUGUAUAUGUUCUUGUUCCGGCCAUUUUCUUGGGCACAUGGGGCUGGUGUACAGAGAUUCAUAUGGUAGCAAGAUAUUCUGAGAGAAUUCAAGACAUGUUGAUAUGCUGCACCUGUGUUCUGGCUGUACCUGCAGAUCCCAAUUGGUCACUUUGUUCAACUUUUGAAAUGCAGUUUUGAAUAAUUUUUUGCAAGUUUUAGGGGGGAAUUGGUAUACCAUAUUAUUUAGAAUGAUGCUCUAAUUUGGAUAGAUUUUGACAUUGCUCGAUAUUUGUUUGCAUGGCUAAUUUCAAUGAGAAUUUCGUGUUUUUUGUUUCUCCUCAA